AUGACCACUCAAGUCCGAACAUUUUGCCUCCCCCAACCUCUUGGUGAGAGGCUUGCAGAGACGCCAGUCUUGAUCAACAACACCCCGAGAACUGUUCCAAGACAGACCGAUUUCUUCAAUCCAAGGGAUACGUUCCGGCAGCAGUCGAGCUACAAGAAGUUUCCUAUGGCAACAGCAAACAGCAAACAGGAUGGCGGCAUCACAUUUGCCGCCCAAGACAAGUUGCCCAAGCUUCCUAUCCCGGAAUUGGAGAGUUCCCUCAAGAGGUACCUGAGAGCCUUGAAACCACUACAAUCACCACGAGAGCAUUCCGAUUCACGACAAGCCGUGGAAGAAUUCCUCCGAACUGAUGGUCCUGAGCUGCAAGAGAAGUUGAGGAACUAUGCCCAGGGUAAAAGCAGCUACAUUGAGCAAUUCUGUAAGUUUUUUUUUCCCGUCUGGCGCCAUACGGGAUCGUUCCAGACUAAUUUCAUGAAUAGGGUACGACUCAUAUCUCAAUUUUGACAAUCCCGUUGUGCUCAACUUGAACCCCUUCUUUCUACUGGAAGAUGACCCGACCCCAGCACGUAAUAACCAGGUUACCAGAGCCGCCUCGCUGGUGGUCUCUGCUCUCGAGUUUGUUCGCGCCGUUAGAAAGGAGGAACUUCAACCAGAUAAUAUCAAGGGAACGCCAUUAUGCAUGUACCAGUUUUCGCGACUGUUUGGCACCGCCCGGGUGCCUACGGAAGCAGGCUGUCAGAUCGAGCAGGAUCCUGACUCCAAGCAUAUUGUGGUUAUGUGUCAUGGUCAAUUCUACUGGUUUGAUGUUUUGGACGACAACUCGGACUCGAUCAUGACGGAGAAGGACAUAACCAUCAACCUGCAAACCAUCAUCGACGAUGCUAUCCAAAUUCCCAUCCAGGAAGCAGCAAAAGGGGCCCUUGGCGUUCUCAGCACCGAAAACCGAAAAGUUUGGUCUGGCCUUCGAGAUGUCCUCCACCAGGAGCCUGGAUCAAACAAUUCUGACUCGUUGAACAUCGUCGACUCAGCUCUCUUCAUUCUUUGUCUCGACUACACGGAACCUUCAAGUGUUGCCGACCUUUGCCAGAACAUGCUCUGCGGAAGCAGUCUAGUUGAGAAGGGUGUGCAGAUAGGGACUUGCACGAACCGUUGGUAUGACAAACUCCAAAUCAUUGUCUGCAAGAACGGUAGUGCGGGUAUCAAUUUUGAGCACACUGGUGUCGACGGCCACACCGUCUUGAGAUUUGCAACCGACGUGUACACAGACACCAUUCUCCGAUUUGCUCGCUCCAUCAACAACCAGGCGCCCAGCUUGUGGCUGUCAACCAGCCCGGAUCCUUCCAAGCGACACCCCGAUAGCUUCGGAGUUGUGAACACCACCCCGAGGAAACUGGAGUGGGAUUUGAUUCCCGAGCUUAGCAUCGCAGUCCGGUUCGCUGAGACAAGACUGGCAGAUCUCAUUGGCCAGAACGAGUUCCAGUGUCUUGACUUUGCUGCAUAUGGCAAGAACUUCAUCACGUCGAUGGGAUUUUCUCCUGAUGCGUUUGUGCAGAUGGCCUUCCAGGCGGCGUACUAUGGACUCUACGGUAGGGUAGAGUGCACUUAUGAACCUGCGAUGACUAAAGUGUUUUUACACGGGCGGACGGAAGCUAUCCGCUCUGUCUCGGAAGAAUCAGUAGACUUUGUACAGACAUUCUGGGGCGACAACCCUGCUGAGCAGAAGGUUGAGGCCCUGAAACGAGCUUGCCAGAAGCACGUCUCUAUGACAAGAGAAUGCGCCAAGGCCGAAGGAUGCGAUCGCCACUUGUAUGCGCUCUUUUGUGUUUGGCAAAAGUAUGUCAACAACGAAGAUAGCGACGACGCCAGCACCAACGGCUAUUCGAGCCCCACUGAUGGAUAUUCCGAACAAGGCUCCUUCUCGCCAGUUGGCAGCCCCGACCGGAACUCAACACACUCGGCAGAAGGGGUGGAGGUGAAGCCUACAAGGGACCGAGGGGACAGUACCGCCUCAAGGCUCAGAGAUGCCCAACCACUUCCAGCUAUUUUUACCGAUGCUGGCUGGGAUCGUCUCAACACAACUAUCCUGUCUACUUCCAACUGCGGCAACCCAUCACUUCGUCAUUUUGGAUUUGGUCCCACUUCUGGCGACGGCCUUGGAAUAGGCUAUAUCAUCAAGGAUGAUAGCUUUUCUAUCUGCGUGUCAAGUAAGCACCGCCAAACACGCCGCUUCCUCGAUACUUUGGAGAGCUACUUGCUCGAGAUUCGUCGCAUCUUGAGAAUAACCAACCGCAAGUUAUCAACGGGCAAAGCGAGCCGUGCUCGCGAAGUUGAAGACGUGAAGCCAAAGCCAGUCAGCCGACUCAAGUCGCGAGGAAGAUUGAUCACAUCCCACGAUGGCCUCAGGCCUUUGAGGGGCUUUGGAAGCACCGGUGGUGCCACUUCCCCGACCGAGGAGAGCAUCGCAUUGAGCGAAGAAGAUGACGAGCUAGGUGGAUGUAAGUGCCCGCAAUUUACCAUCUCUUUGUAUAGGCAGGAAUGUAUACUAACAGCACACUAG